AUGAGGAAAUCCUUCGGCGGGCGGCGCGUCCCGCGCAAGAUCGGCCAGGACGAGGACGAGGACGCUGGCGCCACCAGCUCUGGCACCGAUGCAGGCCCCCAAACACCAGCAGAACCCAUAGUAAAGCGACCAACUACCUCGAAGACCAAGAAACGGUCCUCUCUCCGCCUAUCGUUCGGCCCUGGUGAAAGUGGUACCGAAGGUGAUGACGACAGCGGUGCCGUCUUCACGCCCAAGAAGUCCAAUCUUAGCAGAAUAGCGGCGGAGAAGAACGCCGAGCGCAAAGGUUUCCGCGCCUCGUUGUCGUCAGGCCAAUUGCCUGCACGGAGAGAGGUCGCAGAUGAACGACCUUCCUACACCAAGGAAGCGCUAGCGGAGCUGCGCGACUCGCAGCCGUCCACGCCAAAGCCCAGCGCGGAUGAGGAGGAUGAACCAGAGGGGAAGGAGGUGGACGUUGCUGCCAAGUUCGGGCCGCUGACGAGCUUGAAGUCAUCCUCCGCCAUCCCUACUGACGCGGAAAUCCAGGAGAAGAAAGAACGCAGACGACGGUUAGCUCAGGAGCAGGGGUAUAUGUCGCUGGAUGGCGACGACGAUAGAGACAGGACCGUAUAUGAUGACGACAAUGCGUACGACAGCGAUGACCUUGAUCGGCCGCGUGACGUUGCUAUCCGGACCUCUUUCAAGGAGAAAUACCCUGAAGGCCGUUUGGUGCACGAGGAUGAGGAUGUGGCAGAAGGCUUCGACGACUUUGUGGAAGAUGGUCGCAUUUCGCUUGGCCGCAAGGCAGAACGAGAGGCCGCACGUAAGCGCCGUGAAGAGAUGGCUAGCAUGAUUGCAGAUGCUGAGGGUGGUGGUUCUGGAGACGACGGGUCCGACGAUUCGGAGGCUGAGCGCAAUGCUGUCUAUGAAGCUGCGCAAACGAAGGCUGGCACGUACGGAUCACGAGACAAGAACGCAGACGAUCCGCAGCGCCCUCGGACACCACCAAAGAUUUCAUCGAUACCGGAGCUGGGAGGGGUACUAGCGCGUCUACGGGCCUCGUUGAAGGAACAGGAGGAGCUCAAAGCGGCAAAGGUUAGGAGGAUGGGGGAACUGGCGAGAGAAAAAGCGGACAUUGCCUCUCAGGAGUCCUGGAUACAAAGCCAGCUGAAGAUUGCGGGAGAGAAAUACGAGAAGCUGAGAAUCGAAGCUGGCGGAGCUGGUGGAGCGGCAACGCCAGUGAACGGAGUUGAUAGCGCGGCGGCAAGUGAGAGGGGCUUGGAUAGUCUUGGAGGUACACCGGCUCCUGUUGGAAGUGACGAGGAUGCUGCGUGA